AUGGCGUUCCGAAGGGGCGAUAAGGUGUGGGUGGAGGACAGGGAAGAGGCGUGGGUGGAAGGCGAGGUGCUGGAUUUCAGGGACAAGCUCGUGCUCGUCCAGACGGCCUCGGGGAAGAAGGUGACUGCUAUUCCCCCGACGUGUCUCUGGUGCUCUAUUCGGCAUUUCGGAGGUUGUUUUUGAUACGGUCUUGUCAUGUGUUUGUUUUGUGACUGUGCUCUGUAGCUGUCCACCACUCGGGAGAAGUUGAUGCACAGGGAUCCGGAUGCCGACCAUGGAGGAGUGGAAGACAUGACGAAGCUAACAUAUCUCAAUGAACCGGGUGUUCUCUACAACCUUUCUAGAAGAUAUGCUCAUAACGAGAUAUACGUAAGAUCCCAUUGACGACUCACUGCUUUUUCGCGUCGCUUCACUUUUUUAUGCUGGGACUAUAUUGCUAUGUUCAAAUGCUUUUUUAGGAUUGAUCCAUUAGUUCAUUUAAUUAUGUUCCUAGCUUGGAUCCGAUUCAGACUUUGUUUUAGUCAAACCAAUGGGUUACCUUCAAAGUUUACCUUAUCGUCAUUAUCCAUAUACAAUCCGAAUCUUCAUUCACAUAAUAAGAGAAGAAAGACUCGGGCCUGAUGCUGAAUUACCUUGUCAGCGGAAAACUCAUUCUCUGCCAGCAUUUCGACUUCACUUCACACUUUUAUUCAACACUGUUUGUCGUGUGCUGUAAUUUUGGUGAAUAAUUUUUUGAUGCUUUCAGUCCUUUAGUUUCUCUUCUUUUUUAGAUCAAGGUUUUUCCAACCCUAACAGUCCAUAUACUUUCGAGUUUCGUUUGGAACUGGUAGAAGAAAUCUGAUUAUAAUAUUUUUCUGAUUAUCUUUUCCACAUGCAAGUUUAUGAAUAGAUUAUCAUGAAGUGACUAUGAAUACGGUGCAAAAAAAUGUGAAAAAUAGAUAAUGAAAAACAUAAAAAAAAACUCGAGUUCACUAACAAAGUGAUUAUAUGUCUGCUUGCUUUAUGAGUCACAAGGAUCUUCAAAGAUUUAAGAAAAACAUGCCACGGGUUCUUGUAGUACCAUAGGUAACCACUACAUGAUUUCCCAUCUUUGCAAUUCUGUUUGAACUUACAUACAUUUGCCUUUUAAAUUAUCACUACCAUGACACACUUGGUCCUUGUUAUUUGAGAGUGGGGCAUUCCAUUCUACUUAUCCUAUUCACAUUUAUUCAUUCUUAAUGGCAUAUCUUCCUUUCCUAUUUUUACCAUUCUUAUAGUUUUCCUGUACCAUAUCUAGGACUUUUCAAAACUGUUGACGACUCAUUUUAGGGGGUCUUCAGUUAUGCUUCUCUUCUCAAAAAUAUCCUUCAGAGUUUUUUCAUGGAGUUUCUUAUCUGUUUUAUCCCGGCACUCUGAUAUGAUGUGCUGUGAUUUCAUCUCCCUAUAAUAUUAUUUGUUUAUUUUAUUCUUUCUGCUGUUAUUUUUGUUCACAUCGCACUCCCUAUCAAUGAUCGUUGCUGAAAAUACUUGGAAUAGUUAUUUUAAGGUACAUAAUUUUCAUGCUCAUAUUUUUAAAAUUUUUAUGCUAUCAUUCUUUUUUAUUAAAUUUAAAAUCAUUUAUCCACAGUGUCUAGACAUUAACUUAACCUUUGUUUAUAUCUAACGAAUUUAUAAUAACUGACACACCUGUCGGUACUGUGCUUGAAUUUGUACAAUUAGUUAAACCUUAAGCUUGGGAUCCUGGUUAACGGUGAAUUAUUUUUUACCUCAUUAACCGUUUUUUCUGCCAUUGUUUUGAAAUCAGAUAUCUUCUUAAUAAUUUUUUUUUUCAAUGUUUGAAUUUAUUUGGUCGUAUGCUAUGAUAUUCUUGAAGUAUAUUAAAUCGUUGUAUCUUUUUCAUUGUGUAUCUUUAAGCUUUAAGUCGAAUGAUCAAGAUUAGUUAUCGUUCAUAUUUCCAUUUUGGCCGUAUUGUGCAUUUCUCACUGUGUGGCCUGCACAACUGAGAUGAUGUGGACUUUGAUGGUAUGAGACUUGAUCUCGGUUCUACCUCAGACGGGUGGAUCACUAUGGUAGUUAAUUAAUUUUCUUGGGGAUUAAGCAGAGGCAUAAAUCAGAUGGUUAUUGCAUGAUAGUUGAGUAGUAAUCAAUUGGUUUUUAUAACGAGACAGAUCGAGUUGAAUUAAAUGUGAGCAUCCACAUUCUAUGUAUUGCUUACUUGUAGAAUGAUAGUUCCUCGCAUAUUCUUUUGUAUGUGAUAUUAGAAGUUCAUGUGGCAUAGUUGAGCAGGAAUUUUUGGGGAGAGUGAUAUCUUCCUCGUCUUAAUCUUUGUUUAGAUUUAGGAAUAAUCCUUGUUUCUUUGAGUUGGGAGCAAGAAGAAUGAGCAAAAGUGAAAACAAUGAACCUUCUUUUUUUAUUCUGGUUCACUUUUAAUGUGCGAGCUAUGCUUACUUGCUGCUGCAAGAUUCUACAGUCAACCCAUGAAAAUUUUAUUGUGUGACAUCACUGGAGGAUGCCCUAAAAACUCUCUUUUGUGGUGUGGAAAUUCGGAGAUACCAUAAUGCGGAAGAAUACCGAAAAUAACCUUGAGCAAAUUGCAUGCACAUAUACCACACGUCCAAACUCUGUGGCAAGGCAAUAAUUACGCUCCACAUGACUUGAUUAUCUUUGCAUUUGUUGUGGUCCUCUCCUUUGUCCUGUGCUUGUCAUCAACCUUAUCUUCUUUUCUAAUAUGUAUACGAAUGAAUACACUUUUUUUCUUUGUUUUUGUAUCAUGUUGGUGGAACUUAUAAUCUUGCACCUUUUGUUUCUUUAGACAUACACCGGAAGCAUAUUGAUUGCAGUGAAUCCAUUUACAAAACUCCCUCAUCUCUACAAUGCUCACAUGAUGGAGCAAUAUAAGGGUGUCCGAUUGGGGGAGCUAAGUCCACAUGUUUUUGCUGUGGCCGAUGCGUCUUACAGGUGAGAUCUGUGAGGCCCAAAAAUGCUUUCAACUAACUUCAAGCACGAACUGCUUCAAUGAUCAAUUUAUGGUUAACACGUGUGUAUUAGAGCUAUGAUGACUGAGGCUCAAAGCCAGUCUAUUUUGGUAAGCGGGGAAAGUGGUGCUGGAAAAACAGAAACGACAAAACUAAUUAUGCAAUAUUUGACAUAUGUUGGAGGCCGACUCACUGGUGAUGACCGAACUGUUGAACAGCAAGUUCUUGAAGUAAGAACUAUCUUACCAAUUCCUAGUAUUAUUAUUUUCGUUACGUCACUUUGCUAUACUCCUUAAAUGAUGACAUAGGGCUGCUUCCCCUGUCUUGAUGUGACUGUUGCCAUCAUUUUGUAAUUGAUCGUGGACUUGAUGAUGAUGCAGUCAAACCCACUUCUUGAGGCCUUUGGCAAUGCAAGAACAAUUAGAAAUGAUAACUCAAGGUUAGUCCUUCGUUACUUGGAAUCUCUUUGAUAUGGUCUUUUAUUCUCAAUAAGUUUAUACAACUAUUGUUGCACAUAAUACUGCACUCCUAAGGUACAUAAGGAAUAGUCUCUGUUUGGGUACUUGGGGGUUCCAAAUGAGGAAACAAUGAGUUAUGGAUGAAACUUGAUUGAGGCCAAGGUCUGAUGAUAGCUUUAUAUGAAACUGAAUGACGUGCAGAGGGUCACAUUAGUUGCAUGCCUUCAUGCGUUUUCUUUUGCUUCCUUCAGAUCCUUCUUUUCCCAUGGUCUCCUCUGUCUGCCUUUUGAAAAGUAAACUCUGGGGGUUGUCACUGCAUUGGUAAUUAGCUGGUCAUAUGGAAUAAUGCUUGCGGACCCUCAUCUGCGAUGGUGGACAGUUGCAAAUCUAGCCGUUGAUAACUUUUCCCAUUGAUGUUGGUUGACUCCAGUUCUGAUCAGCUAGAAACUGCUUUUGUUUGUGUACGGUUAUCUUAACUAUUUCUGAUUUGAUUGAGCUUGGAUUAUGCACUGGCUUGUGUCACAUGGGCUGACCUGCUUGUUUCAGGUCUUGGUCUAGGUCUGUCUUUGUGAGUUGUGCUGAUGCUUGCGCUGAAACCUGAGUUGACACUGUAGAUCCUCAACAUAAUUGUUGGAAUUGCAAGUAUUGACAAAAUCAUGGCCCUAACUUUUUCCCCUUUGUCUUGGAUUUUUGUGUAGAUUUGGAGUUAUUACCAUUUCUAACUGUUUUACAUAGACACUAAUUUGGUAGUAAUCCGUCAUUUCCAAUUAUUGGAUUAAUGGUCAGUUGUGUCUGUGUCCGUUUUAACCACUAUUUGUUGUUUCUUUCUUUUUUUAGGCAUUUCCCUUGAUUGUUUUGAUAAUAUUGCUUAGCUCUGUGAUCUUCAUUCCUGCGUAGUUGAAUGUUGUUGAAUAGUUUUAAGUUCUUUGUGAUGUUCCACAAAUGUUAAUGGUUUUCUUGUGCAGUCGUUUUGGAAAGUUUGUGGAGAUACAGUUUGAUGCAAGUGGAAGAAUAUCUGGUGCUGCAAUCAGGACCUAUCUUCUAGAGCGAUCUCGUGUUGUGAAGAUAGCAGAUCGUGAAAGGAACUACCACUGUUUUUAUCAGCUUUGUGCCUCUGGGGAGGUAGUUAUGAAUUCCAACAUUUUAUGAUGUGAUUUUAAAAAUUUUCAAUUAGUGAUCGGAUUAAUUUUUUUCUUAUUUGUAUCUGGAACCGGAUUCAUAGAAUUAUUCUCAUUUUAUUUUUGUUGAAAAUUAGUUUCAAUUAUUAAUAUUUGAUAUACCCUCUAUUUUAUGUAAAGACUACACUUUAGUCAUUGUUAGCAAAAUUUUGGGGCUUGAUCUGGUGGAUGAAGGAUAAAGAUUGCAUUUUGGUUUGGAUGGAACAGUUUCCUAUGACUAUGUUUUUCUAUUUCUUCAAAUCGGUUUAGAAUUUCUCGGUUUACUGGAGUUGUUGGUUAGUUUAUUUUCGUGAUUUGAAGGGUUAGAAAUGUAAGAUUUUAAUUUGUUUGACUCUCAGUUUUUAAGGUGUUGUCUGAGUGUUACCUAGGCAGUUUAGUGUAGUGGAAGAGGGAUAGGGGUUUUGGUGCCAAAGUAAUCUGUAGCAAAACGUGCUUCUAUAUUCCCAGUAAGGGUUUUUUUUUGGAGUUCUUAAUUGAAACCUUAUUUAGUAAACCUAAACAUUUGAAGCUAGGUUUUACUGCCCACCAUGAAUUUUAAUCAACUUGAAUUUUUUUUCCUUCCUGGAAUGGUACCGUUGAAAAACACGAUGUCUGGGAACUCGAAACCUAUUUUAUGGGUCAUCCAGCAGAAUAGAAUUCUCUUAUUGCAAAGCAUAUUGCUUUCUCCUUUGUUCUUCCUUGUGAAAUCUACUGCUUUCUCAGAAGGCAUACCCGACUAUUCACCAGAUAUUCAUUUUUCUCCGAAAAAUGCUUGUUUGCGAAUGUCUCUGCAAAUCCAAACUACUGCUCUGUUCAGUCUGGAUUACUAAACAAGUGGAAGGUUUAAAUGAGCCUCCAAAGCUUCUGUGUGUAUGCGACUUUGUCCUAAGAAAAACGAAUUUCUUAUGAUUUUUGGUCUUGGCAUCCUCGCCUGACACACCAAAACUCAAAUGAAAAAAGGUACCGCAUAUGCAUUUCGAUUGUAAUUGUGGCCACCUUUAUGGAGAUACUUGCUUAUCAAUGGUUCAUGGUUCUGUUUUCAUGAAGACGGUUUAUUCACUUAUUUCAUACAAUUGUCUUAGGCAUCUGUCAGAACCAGUUUAUGCUUGAUGAAGUCAACUGAUGUGAAAGCCCUGUAGAAAAUUGCUUGUGGUUUCAUUUUCCGGCAAAGUUUUUAGUUAUUUUGUGGCCGUCCUUUGUGAAAUACUUAAAUGUUUUUUGCCUUAACAUGUUUCACUUUUAUUUUCAGGAUGCAAAUAAUUACAAGCUUGGCCAUCCGAGCAAUUUUCAUUACUUGAAUCAGAGUAAUACGUACGAUUUAGAUGGAAUUAAUAGUACAGCCGAAUAUUUGAGAACUAGGAGGGCAAUGGAUGUAGUUGGUAUAAGCUCUAGUGAUCAGGUUUUUAAACUUUAUUCCUCUGCAUUUCUUUGGUUCCCUUUCUUCUUAGUCAGUGAAUGAAUACCUUUUCUAUCCCUUAUAAGUUUGCUACUCAGUGUUCUAUUUCUUGUUGCAUUCUUUAUAAUGUUCAGGAAGCUAUUUUCCGCAUCUUGGCUGCUAUUUUACAUCUUGGAAACAUUGAAUUUUCUCCUGGGCAAGAGCAUGAUUCGUCGAUUAUCAAGGAUGAGAAGUCUAAAUAUCAUCUUCUGGAGACUGCGAAUUUAUUUAGGUAAGCUAAGUAGAUGUUGUACCAUUGCCAAAUAGAUUUUUCUCGGCAGAGUGUCUAAACUUUAAUUUUUUUUUUAAAAUUUGAUCAACACCUUUUAAGGUUCUUUCCUAUUUCUGUUUGUCAAUACUUAAGAAAUUCAAUUUUACGUGGAAGGUGGGGAUUUCCACCAAUUUUUUAAUAUAGGAAUGAUACAUCUGUGAAGACCUUAUUAUUUUGUUUUGUAUGAUGAAAUGACAGACAGCCAAUAAGGUUACUAAGCUUGUGUGCAGUUCCAAAUACCGAUGAGACACAAUGUUCUGUUGCCACUGUUUUCCUAGCAUAUCGUUCACAUUUUUUUAAGGCGAUUUUAUUAUCUUCUUUUUUCAUGAUGAAAUGGCAGACAGCCAAUGAGGUUACGAAGCUCGUGUGCAGUCCCACAUAGUGAUGAGUCAUGAUGUACUUUCACCAAUGUUUUCCACGCAUAUCCUUCGCAUUUUUUGGGGCUGACCUUUGUAAUGGCUUACCAUUUAAUAUCUAUGUAGCACGACAAGGUGUCUUUCUAGUUUUGAAUAAAUUAAAAUAUGAAACAAAGAAUAAAAUAUUUUGUUUAACUACAUGGCAAACAACUUAGGUAUCUAUAUAUGUUAUUUUUCACUUAGAAUAUUCAAUGCAAAUUGUUUAAUUGAUCAACAGCAUAAGGUACACACGAUAAUGAAGGGCAUAAAGAAAAGGUUUGUUGUACGGACAUAACUAAUAUUCUGGAAAAAAAAUGAUCAAUAUCAGAGAAUACAAUGGAUACCUACAUCAUCCAAAAAGUCACUUUGUCAAAGUUUUGGUGCCCUUGGUACGGGACAAUACACAGCAGAGCUUAGAUGCUCUUGGUUUGAUAGACCUUGGAACAAUGUGCCUCACUUUGGUUUAUGUUGUCGAGAUGUACUUAAUAAUCUGUAUACCUUACAAGUUUACAUAUAUGUCCUCAUGUACCUUUCUUUUUGUGUUACAUCAAUAUGCCAAGAACCUUCUAGGAAUCUGGUAUAAAUAUUGGAUCCCGCUUUCAUUGUAAACUGUUUUUGAUCAAUAAAGUUUGAGUUCUUUCUCCAUGAGUGCUGGGCGCCUAUCAGAGCUCUAGACGAUGUGUUAUCUCGAUUACAUGGUAUCAGAGCCAUUCUAGGAGUUUAGACCUAUUUUUCAGCACCGUCACAAUUGAUGUUGCUUUGUUGGCGUUCUCCCCAUUAUUCGCUGGAGUUACAGGCGCUAUACACUUCCCGCAAGAGAUCUUCUGUUUUGUUGUGUUUCUUUCAGAGCGAAUCCAGGUGUGAGCCAUUUCUUUGCUUCUGCACUGAUCUACUAGUUUGUUGCGGUUCUUGCGCCAUUUUUUCUUGCCUCCAUUGAGAUUUGUUCACGGAUUUGAUAUUUCGUGAAUUUGAACAUCUCUUUAAAUGGAGAAUGUGGGAGACAGUUCUUCGUCAUCUGUGGGGGAUCCAACCUAGACAAGGGAAGUUAAUCUUGGUCCAAGUGGUCCAAGAUUACUCAUAGAACUUCUUGCAAUGCCUCUAUAGUUCAAAUUGAUUGGAUUCAAUUUAAUUCAAUGGUUAGAAUAUGUUCGAGAGGUAUUGACUGGAAGAGGGAUGUUACAUCAUCUGAUUGAGGGGAAACCGGAUCCAUUGUCUCCAGAAUUUCGUAGAUGGAGAGAAGAUGCUUUAAUCAAAACCUAGCUUUGAGGAACAAUGAUUUCCCAAAUUAGCUGAGAUUUUUUCUUUCUAUCGACAGUCAAAGACUUGUGGGGAACAGUUCACACGAAAUUUUCACAAAGAAACAAUGAGGCACAUUUAUAUGAACUUGAGACAAAAUCUAUGUCCACAAUUCAAGGAAAUAAAUGUGUGAUGAAAUAUGCAGGAGAAUUGAAAAAUUUAUGAUAGAAAAUUGAUUAUUAUCUCAGUAUUGAUAUAGAAAAACCUGUAGAAAUUGUUGUCCUACGACAUUUUAUAGAACGAAGAAGAGUGUUAAAUUUUUUGGCUGGACUUAAUUCUAUUUUUCAUCAAGUCAGACAACAGAUUUUGAGUCGUGAAAGGAAAUGUCAUUUGGAUGGAACUAUUUUCAUCUUUUUGAAUGAGGAAAGUCGUCAAAAAUUAAUGUUGUCAGUGACUGAAGUUGACAGUAUUGUAUUUAUGAUUAAAUAAGGAGAAAUUUUGAAGAAAGCCUCAGAUCAAGUUAAACAGCCCCAGCAUGGCCAAGAAAGAAAUCAGAAGACUGAUUUUCGUGAUAAUCUGUGGUGUACAUAUUGCAUGAAAGCUCGUUACACUGGAGAUAGAUGUUAUAAGCUGCAUGGUAAACCACAAAAUUUUGGCACUGAAAAAUAUGACAAUCAGGCACAUUUGGCAGCAAGAUUACUGACUAGUCAGUCGUUAGAUUCUCAAAUCAAUCAACAUUCUUCUUCUCCUUAGAUUGAGGAUAUAGAGCGACUUCAAAUUGCGUUAGAAACACUGAAGUCGACAGUAACACAGUUCUCAUCAAUUCAGCCUGGUGUGUUUCACCAUUCUCUUGAAGUUAGAGUCUCUUCUAAAGAUAUUUUUAAUAAUUAGGUAGUGCACUCAAGAGCAACGGACCACAUGACUAACUCUUCUAGCCUUUUCACCAAAUACAAUCCGUCCUAGUGGCAGAAAAGUGACUAUUGUAGACGGAUCCUUUAUAACUGUCGCAGAUAUAUGAGACAUUAGACUUAAACCUCUAGGGGUUCUUACUAAUAUUCUUCAUGUCCCCAAGUUAUUUACAAACCUCAUUUCAAUUAAGAAACUUGUUAGAGACUCACCUUAUCGUGUUUUUUUUUGAUGAAGAUGUUUGUGUCAUAUUUGAUAAGGUACAUCAUCAGAGGAUUGGAGUUGCUAGAGAAUAUGCAGGUCUUUAUCUUUUAGAAGGACUGAGCCAAACAUAUCUAGUGGAAGCAGAUCAAUCUCUAGAACCUCUAGGAGAUGUCAUUAAUAUACAAUUACUUCACCAAUGAUUGGGUCAUCCAUACUUUAGCAUUUUCAAAAUAGUUUUUCUUACUUUGUUUAGAAAGGUGUCAUUAGAUGCUCUUAAAUGUAAUGUGUGUGAACUUUCUAAACACAUAUGUACUUCAUUUCAAUCUCAAGGGGAAAGGAGUGAUGUUUCUUUCUUCCUAAUUCAUAGUGACAUUUAGGGACCAUGUCCCAUUAAUGACAUUCGUGGUAAUAAAUGGUUUGCCACUUUCAUUGAUAAUUGUACAAGAUGUAUGUGGGUCUUACUUCUCAAACAAAAAUCUGAUGUGUGUGAUGUUCUAAAAUCUUUUUGUGCCAUGAUAAACAAUCAGUUUGGCACUAGUAUUAAAAAAUUCAGAUUUGAUAAUGCUAAAGAGUAUUUUAGCCAAAAUCUGAAUUUAUACUUCUAGACAGAGGGCAUCAUACGUGAAUCUUCUUGUGUCUAUACCCCACAGCAGAAUGGUUUAGCUGAAAGAAAAAAUCGUCAUCUUUUAGAAGUCACUCGAUCAAUUUUAUUUCAGCAUUAUGUACCUAAAGGUUUUUGGGGGGAGACUGUUCUAAUAGCCACAUACCUCAUUAACUGAUUACCAUCUAGAACUUUAGCCUUCCACAACUUGUUAGAUUCAGUAGCCAAGUUUUUCCCAGACCAUCGACUUAAAGUUAGGGUAGAACCUAAGACAUUUGGUUGUGUCUUUUUUGUUCACGUUCAUAAUCAAAUCAAAGGCAAACUAGAACCGAGAUCAAUUAAAUGUGUAUUUCUUGGUUAUGCUACCAAUCAAAAGGUGUACAAAUGUUACCACCCUCAUUUUAGAUUUUUUUUUAUUUCAUUGGAUGUUACAUUUCAUGAAUCUGAUUCUUAUUUUAAAGAAUCUCCAUCUAGUGAUCAACAUCUAUUUUCUACAGCUCAUAUGGAUCAACAUGUAGAUUCUUCACUCUUAUCUUCAGCUGGUAACCUGUUCAUUUCCAUUUCAGUCCCUAAAAUACCCAGUCCUAUAUUGAAUCUGCUUCCUAAAAACCUAAGAUUUGGCAAGAUUUAUUCUAGGCGAGGGGAAAUUCACGAUUCACCAAAAAUCCAAUAUUCUGAUCUGACCUUAGAAAAUAUACAGCCAUUAACAUCUCCUUCAUCUGAUGAUCCUGCAAUCCUACCUCAUGUUUCACUUCCCAUUGCCCUGUGCAAACCUAUAAGGGAGUGUACAAAAACACCCUUGUACCCAGCUGCCAAUUUUUUGUCUUAUCACAGACUUUCUUCACCCUAUCAAUCAUUCUGUGCAUCCUUAGACACCAUUACCAUUCCAAAAAAAUCUCUUUGAGGCUUUAUCAAAUCUUAAGUGGAAACAAGUCAUGGAUGAUGAGAUGAGAGCUCUUGCAAAAAUUCAGCUAUGGGAUCUAGUGGAAUUGCCACGAGGUUAGAAGACUGUCGGUUGCAAAUGGAUGUACACAAUGAAAUAUAAAUUAGAUGGUUCAAUUGAGAGGUAUAAAGCCCAGCUGGUGGCUAAGGGUUAUACACAAAUAUAUGGAAUAAAUUAUCAAGAAACUUUUGCACCAGUGGCCAAAAUGCUUAGCAGGAAUUUUCAGCUGGAAUAUUCAACAGUUUGAUGUUAAAAAUGUAUUCUUGCAUGGUGAUUUGGGUGAAGAAGUCUACAUGACUCGUCCACCAGGAUAUGAGGGUAAUCAUUCAUCUAAUCUUGUUUACAAGUUAAAGAAAUCCCUUUAUGGCCUCAAACAGUCUCCACGUGCAUGGUUUGGAAGGUUUACAGUAGCCAUGAAGAAACUGAAUCACAACCAAAGUAAUGCUGAUCACACAUUAUUAUUUAAACGCUCUUCUUUAGGGAGAGUUACGGUUUUAUUGGUUUAUGUUUGAUGAUAUUACCAUCACAAGAAAUGAUCAAGGGGAGAUCCAAAACUUGAGCAAUUGUUUGGCCCAAGAUUUUGAUGUCAAGACUUUGGGACGACUCAAGUAUUUUUUAAGAAUUGAAGUGGCACAUUCUUUUAAAGGUAUUUUUAUUUCUCAACAAGAGUACAUAACAGAUUUGUUAGUUGAAACAGGGAAAUCUGCAUGUAAACCAGCUAAUACACCUAUUGAUCCAAACCAGAAAUGGUGUAUGACAGAUUAGACCAUGAGAUGUAUCAACUUCUCAUUGGCUGACUACUUUAUCUAGCACAUUUGACCGAAUAUCUCAUGUACAGUGAGUAUAUUGAGCCAAUUUAUGCAUCAACCUAAAGAGUGUCAUUUACAUGUUGCCUACUGAGUGCUACAUUAUUUAAAAGGCACACCGGGAAUAGGGGUUCUUUUUAAACGAAGUGGAAAGGUAGAGGUUAAUAUGUUUACAGAUGUUGAUUAUGCAGGCUCAACGAUUGAUCGAAUGUCAACCUCCAGUCAUCUUACUUUUGUUGGUAGCAACCUUGUCAGCUAGCGGAGUGAAAAACAGAAUGUAGUUGCUCGAUCAAGUGCUGAGGCUGAACUUAGGGCACUGGCCCAAAGAAUAUGUGAGUUACUUUGGGUCAAGCACUUGAUUGCGACAAUAAGCCAGCAAUCAAUCUAGUGCACAACCCAGUACAGCAUGACCGUACCAAACAUGUGGAGAUUGAUCGCCAUUUCAUCAAAGAGAAACUUGAGGUCAAUGUGAUUUGUAUAUCAUACAUUUCAACAAAUAAUCAGUUGAUAGAAAUGCUUACUAAAGGCAUCUCGGGUGCACAACUGCAGAAGAUUAUUCCCAACCUGGGAACGGACGACAUCCAUUCACCAGCUUGAGGGGAAGUGUCGUCGAGAUGUACUUAAUAACCUAUAUACCUUACAUGUUUACAUAUAUGUCCUCAUGCACCUUUCAUUUCAUGUUACAUCAGUAUGUCUAGAACCUUCUAGGGAUCUGAUAUAAAUACUGGAUCCCGCUCUCCUUGUAAUCUCUUUUUGAUCAAUAAAGAUUGAGUUCUUCUUCCAUGAGUGCUGGGCGCUUAUCAGAGCUUCAGACCAUGUGUUAUCUCGACUACAGUCUACAAGUAGAUAGAGGUUGGGUGGAACCAUAGGGAGCCUAUGAAAAAUGACUGAAGGUGAUUUAUGUUUGUUUAUAAAUUACAGUUUCCCUUUAACCUUUUUUCAUUCAGUCAUCUCUUGAUUGAAUUUGCCCAGUACGUUGAUUUAAUAAUUUAGCCAUGUAAUGAGCUCCGUGAAUUGACAAGAAUUGUAUCAACAUGCUUAUAUCGUGCAGAGUAGGUUUUUGUCAAAUCCUGGGAAUUAGAUUAUUGGGUGCCUCAUGGGGCACAGAUUAGCUGAAGAUCAUUAUCUAGAUCUGGAAAAGAAUUACCGGAUUUGUUUCUCAUUUUCUGCUGGAAGGAAAGAAGGUCGUUAUUGAAGCCCUUGGGCUGAUUGCCUUUUCCUGAUAGGGUAGUUUGGUGAUCUUGAAGGCUUAAGAGAAACUAUUUAUGGAAGUGUCAGUUGUUUUUUCUUUGAGAAUGGUUCUGCUAUAUUCUUUGUUAUUAUAUCUGUGGUACAAUUUUGAUUUUUGGAAUAGCGUCACAAAGACAGAUCAUGGUUACCUUCAAAUUUAAUAUAUGUGUCACUACCUCAUUUUUUAAUAUCCUUUUUAUUUUUCUUCUUGGAUAAGGUGUAAUCCGAAUCUUUUGCUUGGAACAUUGUGCACUCGCUCAAUACAGACUAAUGAGGGAAUUAUUGUCAAAACUCUUGACUGUGAGGCUGCGGCAGCAAGUCGUGAUGCAUUAGCAAAGACUGUAUAUGCUCGGUUAUUUGAUUGGUAUAUUGAAUGAUUUCUUUGCGAAUUUCUUCUGAUAUUUUUUAUAGGUAUCUACUUAGUAUUUGAUUGUUUUCCAAUCUACUCUCAGGCUUGUGGAAAAUAUCAACAAGUCUGUUGGACAGGAUAAAAAUUCAAAAAUACAGAUUGGAGUUUUGGAUAUCUAUGGAUUCGAAUGCUUUGAACACAACAGGUAAAUGGUUUCUGUGACAAGUGUUUUAAAUUUUCGUACUUUAUUUUCAUGUACAGUUUAUUAUAUACCAUGAGAAAAGGAAUAUAAUGAGUGCUAUAGAUCAUUAGGCCUAAUUAAGCUUCUCUUCAUUUCUGUUAUGCUAGUUUGUCGUGAUUAACUUAUUAUAGUCCCAUCACUUAUUCCUUCAUGAUCUCUCCUCUGGAAAAUAGGCAAUUCUACCUGUUUAGUGAUGUACUUAGCUGUCUAAUUCAAGAAAAAAAUAUGAUUAUUCGAUGAUGUUGUGCUGUCUGAGUUCAAUUUUUCCCGGUGAUGCAAAAACUGCCGGGUUUGGUUACAUCAUUUCAAGGUGAAUGAUGUACCCAUCUGCUUUAGGUGGAUUUAACCGUUUGCUUUAGGGGCAUGUAGUCCACUUUAGGUGGAUUUAAUUGUUUACUUCUUGUGAUUUACUUAAUUUCAAUGCUUUAAUACUUAUGUAUUCUAUAUCCAUUUAGGCUAUUUCAUUUUGCUGACUUUUUGUACAGUUUCGAGCAGUUUUGUAUAAAUUUUGCUAAUGAGAAGCUUCAACAACAUUUCAAUGAGGUACACAGCUGCUUUGCAAUUUCUUAAGCCAUAUGGUUCAUUUCUAUAACGUAUAGCCACUUUUUUCAGCACGUGUUCAAGAUGGAACAGGAAGAAUAUAGCACCGAGGAGAUCAAUUGGAGCUAUAUUGAAUUCAUUGACAAUCAAGACAUUCUUGAUUUAAUCGAGAAGGUUCAUGUUAUCCCUUCUGAUUUUUACUUUUGCUUUCAUUUUCCUAGUUUAUCAUAUCACCAGGUAGUACGGGAAAGUUUUCAUUUCGUUUUUAUUUACAUUAUUUACAUUAUUUUUUUGCCAUAGAUUUCAUCUGAAGUUAUGAUUCGUAGUCAUUUUUUUGCCGCAAUUAAUAUGUUAUAGAUUAUUUAUAUGGUUAGAAUCUUGACUGAUUUCCUUCUGUCGAGCAAUAGCAUAUUCUCUGAAAAUUUUACUUAUCUUCUUGCGAGAAAUUGACAUUGGAUAGUGUAAAUUUUUUGCAUACUCUGUCUUCUGAAAUAUCAUGAAUGUGGAAUAAUAUCUACCUUAGUGUUACUGAUAAUGUUGAUAAUCUGAAUUACAACUUAUCAUUCUGGAUAUCUUCAUGUCAAUCUGACUCAAUUAAGAAAAGGUUUGGUUCUGAAUAAUUUGUCGACGGUAUCAGCCAGAACUCACUGAAAAUUUUCAAUUCAUGUUUACCCAUAGUAUAAUUCGGUCAUUAUUGAUCAGGCGAUCCUUUUUCUGAACUCUUUGAUGCAUUGUCUCAUGAUUGUACGUCUCUUGACACCCUUUUUGGCCUCUACGAUUUCAAUUUGCCAUUUGUUGGCUAUAAUUUGUUCUCUUAGACUAGAAGCAUUUUCCUUUGAUAAGAUACACGCACUGUUCUCUUUUUUUUUGAAACCUUCAUUUAUGCUGGAUCCUUCUGUUUGCAGAAACCUAUUGGAAUAGUUUCACUGUUGAACGAAGCAUGGUAAAUUCCUGCUUUCUUGCACGUUUUUUUUAUUUUAAAUUUGAUAUCAAUUUAGACUCAUGUGGUUCUAUUUCAAAGGUUGAUGUUUUAAUAUUUUGCAGCAUGUUCCCUAAGUCAACCCAUGAAACAUUCUCGACGAAAUUGUUUCAGAGUUUCAGAGGACAUCCAAGGUUGGAAAAGGCCAAAUUCUCUGAGACUGACUUCACUCUAUCGCAUUAUGCUGGUAGGGUAAGUUGUUUUUUAACCAAAUCACUGUUGGAGGAAUGCACUAAAAUGAUUUAAUCUUAUAGGGGAUGGUUGCGACUUCCUUUCUUUUUGUAGGUGUCAUAUCAAACAGAGGCAUUUCUAGAAAAAAAUCGUGACUAUGUUGUUAUAGAACACCGAAAUUUGUUGUCAUCAUCGCAAUGUACCUUUAUAUCGGCACUUUUCCCUAGGUUGCAAGACGAUUCGAGAUCUUCAUACAAGUUUUCAUCUGUUGCUUCAAGAUUCAAGGUAAUUUGAGUAUAGACUGUUGCAUUCAGUUGGUUCCAUCAUCAACUAUAUAUGUGCUCAUGUUUCAUAGUCAAAUUAUUGAACUGGUAAUUGGGUACUGUCGUCCUUGAUAACUCGAUACAGGGAUUUUUUGUUUCUUGUUAUGACACAACUGGUUUAUUUGUUAUGUAAAACAGGUGGUCAUUAUUUGUUACCUGGAUAUUCAAGCUACUCACCUACUGAAUAAUGAGAGAGACCCUAGAAAUGAGUAAAUAAGCAUAUGAUGUAAUUCUUUGAUAACCUAAUAUAACAUGUAAAGGAUUCUUUUCGUGAAAUCAAAGACCUAAAAGUGACCAAUUAUUUUAUCAAAUAAUUACCUACGUAAUGCUCACAUUAAUACAAAUGUGGCAAUUUGUCAAGGGCUAAAAAUGUACAUUUCAAAUUUGGAUUUUAUUUGAAACAUUGUCAUGCAUUUAUACUCUUUAUUUUCAUUAUUGUAAAUGCAUGAUUCACCAGGAGAAGAGUAAUGGAAAAUCUGCUAAAUGCAGGAGAGGGGUAAUCGUUUUUUUCUUUUACUGUGUGAGUGUGUAUAAUGCUUGAUGCCCAAUACAGGAUACAUUUUUGCAUUUUACAAUGCCAUGUUCCUAAUGAUUUCGAUUCAGUGAAUUCGUCUAACAUCUUGCACCAGAUAAUUUUCAAUGUUUAUUGUUGUCUUAAUAUCACUAUUGAAUUUGAAUGGUUGCUACACUCCUAUUCAAGGAUCUUGCUAGGAAAAACUAAGUUACAAUAGCUCAGCUGUACCAUGAGCUGUCGUCUUGUAUUCGAUUUUUCCUCUUGGUUUGGCCCGUACUGCUACUUCUUGCUUCUCCAAUGACUGAGUAGCUCAACAAUAAAUAAUAGCAUGUGGUGGUCUUGAUGACAUUAUGAGAUAUUGCCCAAACGGCGUCAGUACAGUCUUCUUUGUGUGCUUGGUCCGAGAGACUGAAUAGGGUUCCAUUUCCUAGCUAAGACUCCAUAUAUCUCAUAGGUCUCAUUUGAGUGAUGCCUGAAGCAUCCCUACAAUGAUUAUUGUUAUCUAAAUCUAGUGUUCUAAAAGACAAAUAUUACUGGCAAACCCACCAUCGACAUCUGGAGUUAUAUUAACACAAUGUGUUCCAUUUGUACUAGUUACACAAUGAUUGGUUACAAUUUGGUGUGAUUGUUGCCUUGUACCCAGAGUUCCUUUUCUCCUUCAUUAGAUCUAGCUUAUAUUUGAGUAAAUAUAAAUCCCCUUUUGGGAUCUUACAACUUCAGUGCGAAGAAAGUAUUUUACUUUGAUGAAAUCUGUAAUUUCAAAAAAUCUUGGCUAGUGUUUUCAUUAGCUUUCAUAUUAUUUAGUCAUCAGCUUUUGUAAUCACUAUGUGAUCCAUGCCAAUAAUUUGCACAAGAACCGAAUGUCUGGCUUUCUGACAAUAAGAGUGGCCUUAAUUUCAUUCUACUGCGAAAUCUUAUCAUAGCCCAUUGGACGUGACUGAAGGAAGGUUUUGGUGACUUUUUUAGGUCAUGCAAUGCUCUUUUAAGCUGUAGGCUUUUCCUAUGCUGUCAACUUCUGGUGUUAGGUGUUUAUGCCAUUUAUGUACCCGUUUAUGAAGAUUGCAUGUGGCAAUAAAAUUUUAGCACAGCUCAUUUUUUUUAUUAGAAACAAAUGUUGCCUUCUUUAUUCAGUUUUUCUCGCUUAAAUUGAUCAUUAGGUGGCUCAACUUGUUGUUGAGUAUCAUUUUUGUUGAGGUUUCAUCUCUUCUUUGAUCUUCUACAUUAAUAAUCUCUUACAAAAAACUCAAAAGAGUUAGGAGAAUAAGAAUGAAUACUGCUUGUGAGAAUGUGAGAAUCUUGUGAGGAUCUCAUAAUUUUAGAAGUAGAGCGUUUUGUGCCUUAUCCCCUUGUCAAAUUACAGUAGGAAAAUCUAUAUCUGAUUCUGUAGGAGGUUGAAUGUGUCCCAUAUCAGAGCCGACUCGUGAGAAUAAUCCAGAGAGAGAUAAGAGAUUAUGCAACCUCAUGAGAUGACUGUUCAUAUUUGACAUUUCUGUGUGGUUGUUCUUGUUCCUUCUGUCUUUAGUCAUCGUUAGUCAUAUGCAUGGGGAGAACGUUUUGCACGAGAUGACGUUCUCCUGAUGCGUCCUACCCACUACCUUUUUUCCAGUCCAAACAAUGUCCUAUAAGAUGGUUUGCCCCCCCCAAAAUGUGGACAUUUCUCCUAAUCUUUGUCUUUGUUUUAUUCCUUGGUUUCUUGGCUCAUUUAGGACAGAACGCUAUCCCACUUGAGACACAGUACACUUGGAGUUUCUGCUCAUCAUUUGUUUUAAUCCCUCAUGUGAAAGUUUCUUGUACAUCGGUUCCAAGGACUAAACCGAUGUUCAGAGUUUUCUCUCAUAAUGCUUCAACAUCAUUUUUCAGUCAUGUAGGAAAAUUGGAACUUUUAUCUUCCUGGAUGUACUUCAUGUGCCUCUCCUAAACUUCAAUGGAAGAUUCAUCCCUCGUAUCUUUUAGUGCACCAAAUUGGUUGAUAAUGGGAAUUAAGCAGUGUCUUCUCUUCAAACAUCUGUAAUGUUCCUCACCUACCGCUCACUUUCUUCUCAUAUCUGGUCAUUUGUGGCACCUUUGGGCUAACAAAAUUUAGUAACCAAGGCAAGCUUUUCUCGGGGAAUCAGACCUCAUAUUCUGGGUUAAUCACACUGUGGUCCCUACUAGUUCCUGUGGGAUCAUUUUCUUCCAGGUUUUGAGAUAAUGUUCUACUCUCGUAGUGCUAAAUGCAGAAUUGUGCAUGGUUAGUUUGGCUGUAGUGAUGCGUAAGGUUGAGGCUGUUAUGGACUCACUAUGCAUUGUUUAGGCUUCUGUGAUAUCAAGUUCUGGGAUCAGUGUAGAUCAUAUGCCUGAGAUUGCUCAUCGUAAUGUAUUUAUAAAUCUUCUAUUUUCCAGCUCGUUUUGCGAAAAUCCAUCCAGAAAAAUGUUCUGGUUCACCGAUGACCAUUUUGACAAAUUCUAAUUCGUCACAGGAUGAGUCAGUUGAAGCAGGGUCCAUUUUUUGUGUAUGUUGGAGACAGCUUGUCUCUAGCACUCUACUUGUGAUAGAAUGGAAUAUUUUUCUGUGUUUUGGGUGUAAUUUUAUCUUUUUUCUGUUGUUUUAUCUUUUUUAUUAAUUUUUAAGUCUCAUUAUAAUUCUUUCAUUAUAUGCAGCAACAACUUCAAGCACUGAUGGAGACACUCAACUCAACAGAGCCUCACUAUAUUCGAUGUGUUAAGCCCAACGCUUGGAGUCGUCCACAGAAGUUUGAGAAUCAGAGUGUCUUGCACCAAUUACGAUGUGGGGUUAGUAGAUUGAAAUACUAUUUUCGGAACCUAAUCGCGUAUCUAGUUAGUCCGGGCAGGCAUUUGUGCUGGUUGUUUGCGAUUAACAAUUGUGUUUUCUGGGUAACUCUUUAGUUUGUGGUUUGGAAUCUUAAGGUAAUAAUAAACAAAUGAGGCAGGAGGGCAUGCAUUUGAAGAAUCGAUCUUCUACCUUUUCUUCUUUGGAUGGAACAAUAUGAGGGAUGUGACGAAGUAUGUCUUCACACAUUACUUUUGGUACUUUUUUUAGUGGGUUAGCUUAUUGAGGACCGUGUUGGCUCCUAUAGUUUUAUGAGAAAUUCCACCUUGUUGUACUUCAAUUAUUCUGUAGUUUUUUAGAACUCAAAACAUCUUGGCAUUAAAGUGCUCAUUUGUAUGCUUUUCUACCCUGAAUAGAGGAUCCAGAACAAUGCAUGUUGAAAAAAUCUAAAGAAAGAAUGGUAUCAUUAUGCAUUGAUGCGUUGACAUUUGACUUCAUAUCAUGGUUUUAAAGCGGGUUUGAUUGCCACAGCCUGGAUUCAUUUGGAGUUCUAGACUAGCGUGGGAAUUUGAUUCAAGCAUCUCUGGCUGGAUUCAGGUGGUAGCAGUGUGGAGAUUAAAAUUGGGAGUUGUUUUCUCGUGGGAAGUGUUUAAAUAAAGGAUCUCUUUCCGGUGGUAGUAGGGAAGAGAAUUGAUUUAAAGUAUGAGAUGAUCAUCUUGAUUUCAGUUCUUAUCAGUUGCCAUGCCGCAGUUGAAACAGUUUAGCUUGAAGGGCCUUGGCCCGGUGGGAAUUUUAAUUCAGGCAUCUCUGGCUGGAUCCAGGUGGUAGCAGAGUGGAGAAUUAAAAUUGGGAGUUGUUUUCUUGUGGGAAAUGUUUAAUAAAGUAUCUCUGUCCAGUGGUAGCAGGAAAGAGAAUUGAUUUUAAAUAUGAGAUGAUCGUCUUGAUUUCAGUUCUUAUCAAUUGCCAUGCUGCAAUUGAUUUCAUCCUUUGUUCACAUAUAAGACACGACUUUGGCGGCUGAAGAGCCUUGACAAUAAUGAUGUUUUACCAAGUUUCUUCUGAACAACAAAAUGGGAUGGUCAUCUUGAUUUCAAAUAAGGUAGAUCGAGUGAUGCUCGACUAAUUAUACGGCGCGAACCAAUAUUGUGAGAUGUUCAAGAUUCUCAUAGUCAACAGGAGAUAAUUGAAAUCCUACUUGAAAGAUUGGAUUUCCUGAAAAAAAUAAAUUAGUCUCUGAUUAUUUGCCAACAGACAACUUUAAGACUGAAAGGGCCAAUAAUGUAUGAAUAUAUCUUCAUAGUGUAAAAAAUUGUCAAAACGGCACUUUUCCUGGUGUCAAAACGGUUCACUUGGAGAACACGUGAAUUUGCUUUAUAACUGAAUGUUUCUUUAUUUAAACAGAUGCUUAGACACUAUGUUCACUUUGAUUGCUUAGGUACUGAUUGCCACCUGUGCCAAUUCUUUUAUUUUUUAUUUAUGAAUGUUGACGAUUAUUAUAUCAUUCCCCUGAUCUGUUUCACCCAGUGCUAGUACUAAUCGGGAAUUAAUGCUCACUUUCAAGCAAUCCUCUGUUUUUCGACUUCCAUGCAGGGUGUUUUAGAAGCUGUCCGAAUAAGCCUGGCUGGUUAUCCUACUCGGAGGACUUAUUCUGAAUUUGUAGAUCGCUUUGGACUUCUUAUUACGGAAUUAAUUGAUGGAAGGUAUUUAUUUGAAGUUAUCUUGCUCAUUAUGAUUACAUUUUAUUUCUCUCAGUAACAUCUAAUCAAUACCAAUGAUUUUUUUUUCUGAUUGGUAGUCUCUAUAUUACUUGCAGAAGUGGUAAUGUCAAUAAAAUGGCAUUCAUGUGGACUCGUCUUUUAAUUUUAUUGCGCUGAUUCAUGCCUCAGUGAAAGGGCUUUCAUAACAAUAGUUUCUGGUUGGAUAUGGUUUUCCUUAGUCUAUGAUUUCUACAUGUGUUGCACAUGCCAAUAAUUCCAUAGUAGUGCGUUUGCAUGGGACAGGUUGUAUAUAAAAAUAUGUCUAUUAUUUGCUUAAUCAUUAACGGUAAUGACCAUGAAAGUCAACUGCUAGGCUUGGCUAUUGGAUCCAUAGUCAGCUGUCUCUUGUUUCUCACUCUUCAUUAUCAGAUGUGUGGUACUCUGUUUAAUCUGUGCCACACAAUGGCUGUGACUUGUUCUGCACACAACAAGUUAAGCUUCACCAGCUUUUGCUUGAUGUCGAGAUCAAGAAAACUAAAAAUUGAGUCCUGCUCAGUAGGCAUUCAUAUUUUUGCCGGGUUUUAGUCUUAUGCAGGAUUUUUUGUGCAGUCAUUUUUAAUGUUUUUAGUGCAUCUUUAUUUUGGGUAGAGUGAUGAAAGAAGAAAAACAAGAGCAAGAAAAUAGCAAGAAAAGGAAUCAUUGUUCUGCCGUCACUUUCACGUUUUUGUAUAUUUCAUAUUCUGGUCGGAUCUAAUGUGCUUCUGCCAUUGGCUGCAGCUGUUGUAUCCACUGCCAACGGUCUUACCUGUUAGGUUCACUUGAUGCUCUAGUUGCAAACAACCAUUGUCUGCCUUGUUUACCUGAAAAAUAGAGUUGGGGGAGGGAUUCAGCAGGGCCAAAAAAUAAGGAGCUCUGGUAUGAUAAAUACUAGAGGAUUGUCUUCUAAGAUAUUCCAUCAUUUAGCAUUUCAACCUACAAUAAUUUGAGGUUCGUUCAUUCACUUCACACUCGCAAGCACAAAAUAGGAAAUUUUUAUGAAAACUUUUCUUGGAUCUUAAACUUUCGUGGAUUUUGGGUUAGUAAAGUUAAAUUAUGUGAUGCAAUUUCAUCUUCAAAAUAUGCAGUGCAAAAACCCUGUUAGCUACGGACAACAGAACAAUUUAUCCAACACUCGCAAAAAUUGUGGUGUAUUUACGUGUUUACCUGUUGGCUAAUUUGCUCGGAUGAAUGUGUUCUAAUGCAUAAUGGAAUCAGGUGAAAGUUGUAUUAUUUGAGUUAGAGCUUUGGCUUUUUUGAAGCCAGUGUGAUUGAUUUCUUAAGCAUCCAUGCCUACAUGAGGUUUUUCUGCUAAGAUACUGAAGAAUCAUCUUCUUGAGUAGAAUAGUCUCUGAUGAGUUUUGUUUUUGGAGUUUGCACCAAUAUUUGAUUCUUUGCCAACUUCACGAAAUCAUUCGAUGGUGCAUGGAAUUACAACUCAGUGAAAACAUGUUUUUUCAUACAAUUCAAAGAAGUUUCUACAGAAAUACGAAAAUAUUUGUCAUGAUUGUUUUCAUUCGUAUUUUAUAAUUCAACUUUCAGUUUUUGGCAUUCGUCACUGUUGAAGGCUGGUUUGGUUUUUCUUUUUUGGUCUUGCAGCUACGAUGAAAAGACAUUGUCAGAGAAAAUUCUACAGAAGUUAAACCUUACAAACUUCCAAGUAUGUGUUGCUAAGCUUCUUAUAUAUGUAUUCUGCUCGUGUCCCGAGUAGUGAGUCUAUACAUACUCACCUGACGUAUUGGAAAUACAACAGGGUUAGAUAAUAGUAAUGACUUCAGUGGCCUGUGAAUGAGAGAUCAAUUGAGAAGCUAAACCAUUUGCAUCCAUUCAUGUCAACGAGAUUUCUAUAAAUAUAUUGAACGAAUUUGUAAUCAGUAGAUGAUGAAUUUGAAUAUCUGAAUGUGGGGAUAUUCAUUAUAGUUACUCUAUUGUCAUUAGUUAGCAGUGGGUGUAGUAGGUAUUUUUAACGAUGUAUUUUUUAUGAUACUUGUUUUCUGGUAGGGCUUACUUUGGUAUGUGCUACUUUUAAGUUUUUUAUAUCUUCUAUAAUAACUUUAUAUAUAUUACGGUUUGACACGAAUAAUUCUGAAUGAUUUGUGCUGCGAACGUGAUGUUGACAUGAAAUUCACAAUUCGUUUGAAGAUAGAUUGUAUGUGAAAUUGCAGUUGGUUCAGCAGGAUACAGUGUGGACCAAUAUCGAUUACCUUAAACUAUGAUUGGCAGUAAGGGGUGCAGUUUCAGAAAUGUUUGGAUACGUGGAUAUUUUUUAAUUGUUUCCACCAUGACAGUAAAAUUUGCCGAUGUUAGUUGUUAACAUGAUGUAAGAGUAUAGCUCUUCAGUAUUUUGACAAAGACCUUCAAAAUAUAGAUUAAUUCUGGUAAAGAGGGGGGAGUAUGCUUCAAUUAUAUCAUAUUCCCACAUUUUUGUGUUUUACUUUGCAGCUUGGGAAGAGCAAAGUGUUUCUUAGGGCGGGUCAGAUUGCAGUUCUAGACUCUCGUCGGGCAGAGGUACUGGAUAAUUCGGCAAAAAUUAUCCAGUGUCAUCUGCGAAUGUUUCUUGUCCGGAGAGAUUUCCUCAGAAUCAAAAGGGCUUCAUUUGUUCUACAAGCAUUUUGCCGUGGUAUGGCAUGGGGUCUCUGUCAUAUGUUCACCCUGUGUUUUUAUUGCCAAAGCAUACCAAGUUUUAUAUCAACCUGCUUUACAAGGUUUCACUACUGGUGCUUCUUUUUGAUGAGCCGAGUUUGCCAUUAUUAGUUGCCUCUCCACUCUAUUGUAGUUGUAAAUUUGAUCCUUAGUUUUAUAAGUGUCAAAAUAUAUAUUUUUAUAUUAGUACAUUCAUAUAUGCAUUUAAAAACACGUAUUUAUACAUAUUUAUAAUGAUAUCCCUUUGUACUUAAACAUGGGUUUAUUUGUCCAUCUUAGACAAAGAUCGCAGGCUUUAAAGGUGAAGGUAGGGUAUUGCCAUCGAUAAAAAUAGACCUAAACUCAUCUGCUGCCGUUCAUUUCCACUGUUGACAAUAUUCAAUCUGCUUUGGAGCGGAAGAUUAGAUUGAGCUAUAUCCACACUAUCUUAGACUUGAACAAAUCAUCCUUUGGAGCUCAUUUUAUCUUUAAAUGCUAAUGGGAGAUGCUGGAUUCCUACUAUAGGCUAUCUUGGGUUGUCAAAAUAUGGAUAAACUUUGGUUUGUGUAGAUUUUUGGUUAUAUUGUAUUGUUUUUGUCGAUAUUUAAUCAAAUCCAUGUUUUUGUGUUGCUCAUGCUACAUACCUUCUUGCUUUGCCAAAACCGAUGCUAACUGUUUGCUCAGGUGGUUCAUCUAUAAUUAAUUUUUUCUUUAGGUUGCCUGGAUCGUGGAGUCUACUCAAUUCUGAAACAAAAAGCUGCUGCUGUGAUAAUUCAGAAAUAUGCACGGGGAUGGCUGCGGCAUAGUCAUUUCAAAAAAAUUUGUUUAUCUGUUGUAACUAUUCAGACAUGCAUCCGUGGCUUUUUAGCUCGUACAUGGACGCUGUCUGUCAAACGAAAAAAAGCUGCCACAUUGAUCCAGGUUUUAGUUUUUACUAAGUGGUUCUCCUUGCAUGUUUGGUGUGAUAUUCUCUUUAAUAAUAUUUGGCCAGUUUUGUGGUUUCUGAUUCUGUAGAAAUUGAUAUAUCCUCUAUGGGUUGGUGUAUGUUGUUGUGUUUUUGUAUUGUGAUCAUACAUUGGUAAAAAGAAGGACAAGUACAUACUUACAGAUUUAUUCCACUGAUGCUGAGGCUUAGAACCCUUCAUGAUAAAUUUAUCCUUGCGUAAUCAUCACGAUAAUUAUUGUCAUCAAUUGCAUUAGGGGCAUAAACGUUUCUCUUUAUUAUGAAGCUGAGAGGCUAUGAUGUUUUUGUGAUGAAUUGUCAACUAGCAUAGGGAAUAGUAAUUCAUCAAGGUCUCGCACCCUAUUUCUCUUUCCACUUCUGAAUGCAUUUGCUCUAAACUGCAAUAUCUUUUCAAUGCAGCUAAAACAUGCAUGCAUGUUAUCUGCAAAAUAUUAAAGGUUUUCUGUAGAUCCCUGACAUCAGGCAUAAAACCGGAAAGCUUCCCAUACUGUAUCCAUAAAUUAAAAAUGGUCUUAACCAGAGUUACACAGCAUACUGUAUCCAUAAACACAGAAUAGUCUUAUCUAAUUUCAGUUUUCUUAGUCGUCCAGUAGGAUUACACAGCAUUUCAUCAUUUGGCUGAACCCAAAUGGGAUUUGGCUUAACCAGGCCAUUUGGAAAUACCUGUCCGCCUUUUAUACAUGUAUCAUGCUGUCAACAUUCAAACAUAAAAUUUGUUGUGGUUUGGAUUCAGUGAUUGCUUGCGUGAAAUAUGCUAUAAAUUCUAAUUUUUUAAAAUUAAUUCUAUUAUCUAGAAGACCAAUUUUCUCAGUCUGCCUUGUUUAUUUCUAGGCUGGGUAGCCAUUGGUUUUUAUCUUCUAAUAAAUGAUAUGCUUUAAUUUAUUCUCAUUUGCUAGUGCUUGGCAGUAGCUUUAUAAAAUGAAUGAAGAUAAAAUAAACUUAGACGUUAGAGUUUCUGCAGUCCUAAUGGAUACGUUUAAUAACAGCUUUUACUGUUGCUUUAUACGUUAGCCAUUAAUAACAGCAGUCCUGUUGCUUUUACAUUAGAGUUUCUGCAGUCCUAAUGAACUUAGCCAUUGUUCUGCUUUUUCUUUCAAAUGCAACAUUGUUUCAUUCACGUCGAUUUUGCUUUCGAGGGAGAUGUCGCUUCUGUGGCUUUUAUCUGCAAUGUCACUUUUUCUAAGUAGAUUCCUACUGCUCUCUAUUUACUUUGCCACAAAGUUCCUACAAAAUUAAUUUGCCUCCUUUAUAUGAAUACAUGCUACUCAAUUUAGGCUCAAUGGAGGAUGUGGAAAGUGUGUUUGGGAUUUCGGCAGUAUUUGCAUGCUUUGGUAUCUAUUCAAUGUGCUUGGAGACGGAAAGUUGCAAAGAAAGAGCUCCGAAGGCUCAAACAGGUAUUCUUUCUUUCUGUAGUACGUUCCUUGGUUUUCUUGCACGCGAAUUCAGGGUUGUCACUUUAUAAUAUAAUUUUGCCUCUUAAUUUCUCUCUCUCUCUCUCUCUCUCUCCUAUUUUUAUUAGCUACAACAAAAAAGUAAAUAUUAUAGAUCUCUACAAGCAGCCACUAUAAAUGUAUGCAUUUUCCUGUCCAACUGUUUGAACACUCCUUUAAUCUUUAGAGGAGUUUAAGAUGGAAUUCGCUCGCAUUUCACACCACUCCUUGAAUUCGUUUUACUUGUUGGCUUCAGAUAUUCGUACGGAUAACUUUAUAUACUUCAACCUUUUCAUUUGGUCGGGACAUGUGUCACUUUGCAGGGAAUUUUGAUGAAAUCUGAUGCUCAUAGGGAUUAGUAGGUUUAUAGAGCGCUGAAAUCUGAUGCUCAUAGGCAAAUUAAAUACUUGUUUGUUUUUCUGAUAGUUGUUUAUAAUUUUUAUUUUAUACCGUUAUUUUAAAAUUUUGCUUUUGUGGUGAUUAGAUCUUGUCUUGUGUACUAAGCUUAAUUUGCCAGUUAGGUGUGUCUCAUGAGAUGUAAAAUUUCAUUUUUUGGUUACUCUAGGCAGCAAGAGAUGCUGGCGCAUUACGUGAAGCAAAGAACAAAUUGGAGAAAAGGUUGGAGGACAUUUCUUUGCACUUCGAAUUGGAAAAGAGACGGAGGGUAACAUGCUUAUUUCAUCUAGUUCUUAAUAAUCCUUUUUUUUGGCCUUUUUUUUGUUUUGGUUUUAGUUUUUUUUUUGUACUUUAUGCUGUGCUAUCUGAAAUAGUUUUUAUUUUGCUAGUGAGUUGUUACCUUCAAAUCAUUAGUGCUACAUGGGAUGCUUAAAUGCAAUUACUUACGGUGUUUAAAUGCAAUUCUAUUGGUGUCUGAUCACUUUUUUUAUUUUCUCAGAUUUAUUUAAUAUAAACUACUCACCAGCUCGUAUGAAAAAUUUACAUUUUUAUAGGUUUCAUUUUGAGACUUUCUUAGACCUGAUAUGUGGUGAUGAUUGUCAUGCUCACAACUGCUUCAUUCUCAUUUUUCCAUUGUCACAAGACACACACAGAGGCACACACACAUUCUCUCUCUCUCUCUCUCUCUCUCGCCCUCCGCCCAAGCUGUCCGCCUUUUAUCACACUUUCACAAAGUUUUAUCUUAAGUAAUGUACGGUUAAAAACGGGUUAACACAGUAGAAACAUACUUUUUCGUAGUGCGUUAGUUUUUAACAAGUCAACAAAAACUAGAUGAGAUUGUUGGACAGUUGAAAGAAGAUUGAUGGAAGCAGUACUUACAUAUGUGAUUAUUUUUUUUGUGAGGGCCAUAAACAGGAUAGAGGAAGACAGAAAGAACAUGAACUGAAAUUGAGGAAAGAUAGAAGUGCCCGGGUGGUAUGUAAAUUUUUGUGUUAGAGGAGUCGCAUGGCAGUGUAUUUGUGUCUUUGAUGCAUCAAGUUGAGUUUCGGCAGAUGAUGUUAUUAUCUUAGUUACUCUUUACAUGGUGUUAAAACAUUUGAUUAUGAUAAUUAGAAUUCAAUACAACUUUAAAACAAGGAUAUGAUGAAAAUAUGAAACUUUUGUGAGCAACAAAGCAUCGUAUCUUCUAUCGUUCUGGUGCUUGAUUUGAUAACACAGGAUAAGUUUUUUUCACCUUAAUAUGUAUGGGUAGUGAGAACGAAAUUGAGGAUGUUGAAACAUAUCCUUUCGUCUUGCUAUGGCUCUAAGUUGUCGGCAUCCAGGAGACUUGGAGUUGCAUUGUGCCUAAUGGCUCCCUUCUGGUGAUGGCCAGUAGAUGUACAGGUUUAAUGCCAAACGCGGUCAAGUCAAUGUUUGCAGAAAUAAAUUCAAGUGGAUGAAGCUGGUUGGGGCAGGCCGUCAGUGAUUAAAAUUUGCAUUCAAAAAUUUUAAUUAUUCGUUUGGUUAAGCUGGUAUCCAUGCCAUCCAGGGUCUGCAUCCUCAGCGGAUAAAAGAAAGUUGUAUAUGUUCAGGGUAUUUUAUGCAAAGUAUUUAAUGCUUACCGACAAUGACUGUUACUUUGUAACGUGUGAUAUAUUUAAACCAGAAAAAUAAGAAGGAUUUCUGGAAGCAAGGCAAUAUGUUGCUUUGUUAAAUUUUAAACCUUUGACUGCAGAUAUCCAGUGAAGCAUCAAAGCAGGCUGAAAUUUCAAAACUCCAGCGGUCGUUGGAGUCAGUACAUGCUGAGUUGAAUGCUGCAAAGUUGGCAGUUGAGAAUGAGCAGGAGAAGAAUGUCACGCUUUCAAGACAGAUUGAGGUAUCAAAGAAAGAAAACGCAAGUUUAGAAAGUAGGCUUGCUCAGAUGGAAGAGUUAAAUAAAGAGAAUUUGUAUCUGAAGGUGGGGUGUCUUUUGCCGAGUGCAUGGUUGCGUUUCUCUAUUAUUAUUUUUUACAUCAUAUUUUUUUGUCCCUUUAAGAUUUUAGUUUCAUUGAAUGUUCCUGGAUGAUCAAGUAAAUGUGAUACGUAUUGUGUCUAUUUACAGAGUACAGUUGGUUCCAUUGCACAGAAAAUGGUGAAUUUGGAGCAAGAGCUUCUGAAGGCACAAAAGUAUAGUACUGACACCUUGGAAAAGUUGCAGCACAUUGAGUCCGAAAAUAUGAAGCUUCGACAAAACUUGCAAAGGUUUCACUUAAUCAUUUGAACUUCAUUUCUGAUGAACCCGUUCGUUCUCCAUGAUAGUUGCUUUUUUCUGGUCAUCAGGUUCAACUGUGAAUAAGUACAGAGGGGUUUUCUUUCACGUCAUUCUUAGUCUUGUUCUCUUAUCUCGCUUCAUGGUCAUUCAUCCACCACCUGUUUCUUAUUUCACAGCCAGUGCAGAAUCAAUCUGCUUUCAUUUCAUAAUAUAUAUUUCGUUUCUAUCUUCAUAACUUCAGUUGAUAGUUAUUUGAAUCACCAACUUGAUUAAGCUUAUGGUAGAUUAUAACUUAAAUAAAUCUCAAAUCGGUGUGGUUAUGUUAAUGGUCGUCGAUGUCCUUUAAGUUUGAAUUAAUUGCAUGUUUAUUCAUGAUUAUGAUGGCGUUUUCAUGUUCGACAGCGCUGAAAUGUGCCUUUUUAUGCUUGAUAUAUAACACACUUCAGCAGAAAAUAGACAUUUAACUUCAUUUGGAUGUGUUUGACCUUCUUAUCGUGCCUUGGAUUGGCAUACACAAGUAUUCGUAUACCAAAUAUUCAAGAGUUGAUAACAUUUAAUAUUGAAAGAAUAAAUACUAUGUCUAAGUAGCUUAUCUUCACGUAGAUCCUUUUCCAUUUUCCUGCAAUAUUUUGAACAUGCUACUUGAUGUUUAGCUUUAAAAGGAUCAUUUUGCGGUCUUCAGUGGGCCUGGAAGAUGCUGUCAUUUUUUCAAAUAUUAAGAUCUGAAGAGGAGAAUUAUAUUCCGUCCUUUGACUGCUCUUGGUCGAUUCUUUUAUUUCAAUAAGUUUGCCAUUUUGUUAUACUCUCGAAAAACCACUGUCGCGGUUGUUCUAACUGUUUGUUCACUUUCUGAAAUUAGCAUGACUGAGAAGAUUUCAAGUAUGGUGGAAGAGAACACCACUUUGAGACAAAAAACACUGAGUCUGACUCCUGUGAAUCAGCUUUUGUCUCGAUCAGUUUCGAAGGUAUGAUGGACGAAACUGGUACUUGAUUCUGUCACUUUCUUUUGGCCUUUUUCCAAUAUUACUUUCAUCUUUUCAUUCCACAAGUUUGCGACCUGUGAUUUUGUUGAAUUCAAGUCUUUAUCUUUUUUAAUAUUGUUUAUUUUGAUACCUAGUUUUAGCUCAGAAUAUCAUUUCAUACUUUAUUAACAAAUUGACAUGGUUUUUAAAACAGAAGCAACACCCCGUACCUUCCAGUGCUGAACUGCAGGCUACGUUUGUGAGAUGUUCUGUUUAUAUUUCACUUAGUUUCUCUCGCUUUUUGCUUUCUUCAUGGGCUCGUUUUAUCUGAUUUGCAUCACCUGUUCUGUAGGAUACUCCUGUAUCGACAAGACUUCGCAGCCCAUAUCAGAGAGAACGGUUAGCGAAGGCCAUUGACAGACAGGAGGUUGUUCUCUUCUCCUUUUUUAUCUGAGCAAAUGUUGAGCACGCUUGAUCAAGCUGAUCCUAAAUGGAUCUUAUUUUUUUACUGAAGAUAUUAUCACUCGAGCACUAGAACUUGAUUCUGGGCAAUAUUAAUUUCCUUUCUGAGUUUUUCUUUGUUUUUUUAUUUUUCUGUUCUUGCGUGUAGGGUCAUCAUGAAUUUCUUAUAAGAUGCAUUAAAGAAGAUAUGGGGUUUAAAGAUGGCAAGCCUCUCGCUGCCUGCAUCAUAUAUAAAUUUCUCCUCCAGACACGUGCUUUUGAAGCAGAGAUAACAACAGUUUUUGAUGGCAUAAUCGAAGGGAUCAAUGAUGUUAUCAAGGUGCAUGAAGUCUUCAAAUUUUCCUGAUCUCGUCCUUAGUUGCGAAUUCAUUAAAUUGAUGCCCAAGUAAUUCUUCUUUUAUCAUCAUCUUGUUUUUUCUACAUUGCGCAUACAAGGUUGGUGGGUUCCUUUGAAAUAUUUUACUGGUGGUAUCUGUGCUUAUGUUGCUAGUAUAUUUUCAGGUUGGAGAUGAGUGCGAUGUAUUGCCGUACUGGCUGUCCAAUACUUCAGGGCUUCUCUGCCUCUUGCAGAGGAAUGUUCGAUUUGAUACGUUCUUUACGUCCCCCGCUCGAGCUGUUUCCGGUUCUCCUGGUUUGACCGGAAGAGCAAUGCAGGUGCUUCCCAUUUUAGAUUCGUGAAUGAUCCCAAAAAAAAUCCCUUUUCCGUCCGUCAUUUUAGUUUUCAGAAAUGCUGCCUUCUAAUAUCAUUCUAAAUUAUCAGGACAUGAAGUAUCGUCUAAAGAACUGUGAAGAAAGUUUCCCUCUUUUGGAGGCUCGAUACCCUGCUGUAUUAUUUAAGCAACAGCUGACUGCUUCCCUGGAGAAAAUUUUUGGAUUCAUUCGGGAUGGAGUUAAAAAUGAGAUAUCCGCACUUUUAACACUUUGCAUUCAGGUAAAUGGUAGUCAAAUUUUAUUUUUAUUUUUUAAAUUUUAAGAACAUGGAAAUGAAGUACAAAUGCAGUGCAUAUGAUUGGACUAGAAUAAUACAGAAAAAUGGUUGAAAAGAAAAAAAAUACGAGAAAAGGGGCAACCCUAACCCCAACAAUGAUUUCGAUUCCACAAAAAUUGUGGCCUGGGCAGACAUUCAAGAAGUAAAUUAUUUCCUUUUUUGAGGUUAUGAUGAUAUCUUCCGAUUCAGCUGUUCUUGCCUAGUGUUCUACUGAAAAAAUGGCUUGUUGGAAAUAUUGCGAACCUGUCUAAAGGGUUUAUGACACUUAUGCUGUUUCUUUCGGUCUGUAUGCCUCUCAAAACUGCUGGUAAUAACCUCCAGCAUGCUUGUAUUUCUACCUCUCCUGCUGUGGAAUACUUAUUCAGUUCCUUUUGGAAAACCCUAGUUAUUCAGUUUUUCUCUUUGUGAUCUGCGAGAGCUGAGUUUUUACCGCACAGAAAAUUCUGACUAAGAACAGAAACCUCCCCCCAAGCUGUCCCUUGUGACAUCAUAUCCUACGAGUUCCAUUUCCCUAAUUUGCUAUAGUUUCAAGUCUAAUUUACUAUCCCAGUGUCGCCAAUCACACGACGAUACACAGACGCUAAUUUACUAUCCCAGUGACAUUUCAAUUCUUUUGCGGUCAAGCCCAGAAUGGCCUUCGAAUUGGCCUGGAUUUUCUCCCGGGUAGUAAAAUCUCAACUCUUGAGCGAGGGGUUUCCAUGCACAGACGCUAAUCGGUGUUUUCAUUCUUACAUAUUCCUGCAGAAUGCUCAUUAUAUCUCAGCAUCUUAAUGCUCAUUUGUCCUCUUUGGCGCUCAUCCUCGUUGUCUCGUCUUCAAUGUUUACAUCGCAUUUUGAAGGCCCCAAAAAGUGCCAAGACAUUGAGUGGCAGGCUGUUGAGAUCAUCUAAUGGCGCCGCUCACCAGCUCCUGUACAGUCAUUGGGAGAGCAUCGUUCACUUGCUAGAUUUGUUCGUGGCCCGAUUACGCCAGAAUCAUGUCAGUUUCAUCGUACUCUCUAUUCCGUUCAUUUAUUUAUUUAUUUGUUUAUUUAUUUAUUUGAAUGCUCGCCAACCUUUUAUUUCUUAUCGACAGGUACCUUCAUUCUUCAUCCGCAAGCUCACCACCCAGGUCUUUUCAUUCAUAAAUGUUCAGCUUUUCAACAGGUCGGUUGACUGUAAGAUCAAAAGAAAAACGCCACGGUUGACUGAACCCUUCAUCUCCGUUCGUUGACUUAAUCUUUCUCGUGUCUCCAGUCUCCUGCUGCGCCGUGAGUGCUGCUCAUUCUCAAAUGGGGAGUACAUGAAGUCGGGGCUUGCCGAGCUGGAGAAAUGGAUCGGAAAUGCCACGGAAGAGGUGGGCAUCACGUGCUCCUCUCCUUUAUGCACCGCAUGGUUGACAAAGGUGGUCAAACAGCUGACGAAUCUCGUCUCUACGUACAGUUCGCAGGGACCUCCUGGCAUGAGUUGAAAUAUAUCCGACAAGCAGUCGGUUUCCUGGUACGCAAUCCCAAACCCGGGUCGAUAUCUGGAUGUUCCGCAUGCCAUUUCAUUUCAUCUUGCCUUCGCCGUCAUCACGUUCCAGGUGAUACAUCAGAAGCGGAAGAAGUCUCUCGAUGAGAUCAGACAGGAUCUUUGUCCGGUACUUGCCAAGCCUCCAUUCGAGUGAUUUGAUUCGAUCUCUCUGUCUCUUCUUCUUCUCCUUCUAAUCCUAAUCUGUUCGAGUCGUCGACAGGCGCUGACUGUUCGGCAGAUAUACCGCAUAAGCACCAUGUACUGGGACGACAAGUACGACACGCAGAGCGUCUCAAACGAGGCAAGUUUCCCCCUGGACCUCAGGCUAAACCCCCCUUUCCCCCUUCUUUCUCCCGUCGCCCUCGGUUCCGUCACUCUCAGAUGAUUCCUUCACAGGUGGUGGCCCAGAUGAGGGACUUGGUGACCAAGGAAUCCUUGGAUCUCGCCUCCAAUUCGUUCCUCUUGGACGAGGACAUGAGGUAUUCUUCUUCUUCUUCUUCUUCUUCUUCUUCUUCUUCUCCUUUUGCGAGCAUCUCGUCUCCUUCCUCACUCGCUCUCUCUUCCUGCAGCAUCCCGUUCUCCACCGAGGACAUAUCGAAGGCGAUUCCGGCGGUCGAUGCGGCGGACGUCGAGCUGCCGCCUCUCCUGCGCGAGCUCCCCUCGGGGCAGCUCCUGGCCAAGCGGCUCCAGCUGCCCGCCCCGUAG